CACUUUCGGGAAAGAAUAAAGUCUUUACUCGCAGCCAAACCGUGGCCUAGCAGGAAGAACGGCCCGACUAUGUGGAGAAAGAAUCGGGCGCUUGGGGAAUCCGUGGCUUGUCUCGUAUUCCUCGUGACGCUCGUCGAUGCUUAUCGAUUCCUGAGCCAGAGCACAGCCUCCCAGUUCCUGAGCAGGCACAGGAGAGCCAACUCUCUGUUUGAGGAGAGCAAGAAGGGCAACAUGGAGAGGGAGUGCAUCGAGGAGCUGUGCAACAAGGAGGAGGCCAGGGAGAUCUUUGAGAACCAGCCAGAGACGGAAUACUUCUACCCCAAAUAUGUUGUUUGUCUGGGUUCACACCGUGUCGGCAUUAACAAUCAAAACUCAGAUCCCAUCCCGUCAGAUCUUCGCACCUGUGUGAUGGAGAUCAGUGACCAGUGCACACCGCCGCCAUGCUACAAGGACGGUUCAAAGCGCUGUGUGGACGGACAGGCCUCCUUCACGUGUGAGUGUAAACCCGGCUGGAAGGGGCCGCGCUGUGACGAGGACAUCGAUGAGUGUUCAGAUCCGGAAUUCCCAGCGGGAUGUAACCAGAAAUGUUACAACUUACCCGGUACUUUCCAUUGCAUGUGUGAAGAAGGCUACUUCACCAGUGACAAAGUCAACUGCGUUGAUAUCGACGAAUGCCGGAUGUACCCCAGUAUCUGUAAAGAACCGGCUAAAUGUGUCAACACGCCGGGCAUGUACGAGUGCCAGUGUCCCCUGGGUUUCAAUUAUAACUCAUUUUCCAAGACCUGCAACGAUAUAGAUGAGUGCGAGUUGAAUGUGUGCGAAGGGACGUGUAUAAACACUGUGGGCAGCUACGGGUGCCACUGUGAUGGUCGUCAGGGUCUGUAUUUGGCGAAGGAUGAGCGUUACUGUGAAAGAAUCCCUGUUUGUGUGGAACUGUAUGACCACACACACCCUGAGAUGCUUUACCUGGGAGAGCAGUUCGGAGGCUAUGUCAUCUAUCUGCUCUUCCGUCUGCCGGAGAACACAAAGUUUGCAGCGGAGUUUGACUUCCGUACAUUUGACCCAGAGGGAGUUGUGCUGUACGCAGAGUCCUCGCAGGACUCGUGGUUCAUGUUGGGGCUAAGAGGCGGUCGCAUUGAAGUCCAGUAUAAAAACCAGCACACGUUCAAGGUCACCAGCGGAGGAAAAGCCAUCAAUGAUGGACAGUGGCAUGUGAUCUCUGUGGAUGAACUGGAGAGCAGCAUCAGUGUGAAGAUCAGUAAGGAAGCUGUGAUGAGCAUCAACAGCCCUGAGAGUCUCUUUACUUCAGUUAACGGCAAACUGGAGACCAAGGUCUACAUCGCUGGUCUGCCCAACGGGACUGACGUCAUCAAACCUAUCAACCCCCGACUUGAUGGCUGCAUUCGGGGCUGGAACCUCAUGAAUCAGGGAGCAUCUGGGGUAAAGGAGGUCAUCCAGGAGAUGAAGAGUAAACAUUGCUUUUUGAAUGUGGAACGGGGGUCUUUCUUCACUGGGGCAGGACUGGCACACUUCAACAUUGACUACAGUGAUUCUGGGAGUUGGAAUGUCGAUAUAAAGAUGAGCAUACGUCCGUCCAGCAGCACAGGUGUCCUCUUUGCUCUUGUCCACCACAACACAGUCCCCCUGUCCAUUGCUGUGGUAACGCAGGGAGACGGAGAUGCUAACUUGCAAGUUUUCUUGGACGGCGUCUCCGUGGCAAAGCUGGACUCACUGAUGUUGUGUUACCCUGACCGGCUGACAGUGCAGCUGAAUGUGACUCCCUCAGAAAUCCAAGUCUCAGCUAACUCCUCCACUGUUAUCUACAUGAAGUCUGAUGCCCUGCAGGAGGCACUGGAGCACCUCAACAGCACUAUGCAGAACCCCAUCAGUACAUACAUUGGUGGGAUACCAGACGAUGUCCCGUUACCUGCCACCCCUGUAACGGCCUUUUACCACGGCUGCAUGGACAUCGCUAUCAACGGCCAGCAGCUGGACUUCGAUAACGCUCUCAGCAAACAUAACAGUAUUAAGUCCCAUUCGUGUCCCCCUGUGUCUGCCCCUGAGCGUCACCCUGAGGCAACGCACCAGCACAGAAAGUGACCUUGAUUAACAGCACAUUAAAAAGCGCAGCACACUAGGCAGCAUCCCACUGCGGCCACAUCUUGGGAUAUUUUGGAAAGAGAGAUGUAGAAGAUGGGAGGGAGGAGGGGACGAGAAAGAAGUGACGAGAAGAGGAGACAGAGGUAGACGAUUGUAGACAUCUUUGUCGACUUUCUCCGACGGGUUCAUUGUAAGCUUUGUGUUAUGCUUUUCAUCCAUACAGUAUUAUUGUUCCUGUCCAGGGAGUAUUUUUUUUAGUGAGGCACAACAAAAGCUGGCUUGCCAGUGAGCGAGCAGAAGCUGGAUGGCUGGAUGACGUAGUUGUAGCAGAUUGUUGAUAUGAAUUAAAUGCUUUCCAAGAAACGUUUGAAAAAGAGCUGAGCUCUGUAGCACACAUACCGUGUGUUGAAAAGAGGUGGUUAUGUUUGUGUAGAAAAAUAAACAAAUGGUCUCUGUUGACCUUGCUUUGAGACCACCUGCAUCUUUUUCCCUGUUGAAUCACGGUACUGUGUCUACCUUCCCUUCAAUUGUGGUUUCUUGGGAGGCAAACGUCUUGGAGACAACUAGCAAUUGUGGUGGUGAAAACCACAGAGGAGAAAGCUGAAGCUUCCAGGCUUUCCAUCCAACUCUGUUGCAUUUUUUUGUUUGAAAUAGCAUCCCGAAUUGGAGGUCUGCCUUCCUGAGCUGGUUUUGGAGCCUAACGGUUAGAAACAUGGUUUAUCAUUUGAUUGUUCCCAGAACCCAACAUUGGUUGUCUCCAGAUGUUUUACACUUCUCAGCCAAAACCAGGCUUUUCCUGGUUGGAUCCGUGUUCAGAAUUCACCAUGUAUAUAAAACAAGCCAUCUUUAAUAUAAUACUUAAAUGUAGUUGUUUGUUUUAAUAAAAUGUGGUCAAAGCAA